AUGCAGCAUCCACAUCCCAGUGACCAGCCCACCUACAUGCCGGAUGUUCCAUUCCAGCCGCUUUGGGGUCAGGAGGCUCCACCGCCGCCCAUUGUUCCAUACCAAGAGCUCAUCGCCGGAUUUCCCUGCACCGACUUGUCUCUGUGGCAGCGCUCGCAAGUAACUCCUUUGGUGCCCCAGCGUCCGUCGACAAAUGGAAGGGCCAACGGUUCCUCUAGCUCCUCGAAGAAAACGCGACGUCGUGUGGCAUCAAUGGCCCAACGGAGAGCUGCAAACAUCCGCGAACGGCGUCGCAUGUUUAACCUGAAUGAGGCCUUCGACAAGUUGCGCCGCAAGGUGCCCACCUUCGCCUACGAGAAACGACUGUCCCGCAUCGAAACCCUUCGCUUGGCCAUCACCUACAUCGGAUUCAUGGCGGAGCUGCUGAGCGGCACGCCCUCGAACUCCCACAAAUCCCGGUCCGAUGUCUAUGGGAGCAUGAAUGGUCACCAUCAGGCGCCACCACCGGCAAUUCAUCCACAUCAUCUGCAUCCGGCGGCGGCGUAUCAACGCGACUUUGCCUCGCCCUAUAAUCAUAGUUUGUCCUAGUGAGAUUGCUCAGGCGCAGGAAAUCCAAACGAUAAUCGUAAUACACAAAUAAAUUCAGAAACUGCUU